GGAGAGUUACGGGCUGGGGAGGGAGUUACAGUCGAGGUCGUAACUCGUCCCUUUGGCCCGUAACUUUGGGGGAACACCCCACUUCGUCUCCAGAUGGCCUCUAGAAGUUAUGGUCUAGCCUUCAACGUUACGGCCUUUACUGUAACUUGAGGCCUCAGACCGUAAUUUCUGAGAGGCUUCAGACCGUAACUUUUGAGAGGCUUCUGCCCGUCUUCGCCCAAACGCACCAGAAACGUCCCAAAGCACCUAAAAGCACCCCACUGGCCCCCCUAGACCAAAAUUUCACAAGAACGACACCACAUGGCAUAAUAAGUGACUACAAAACUCCAUGUUCGACAUACGGCACACAAAAACAAAGAGAGAAAAGGAUAGAAAUGCAAACCGAGGUGGGGUUGCCUCCCCACAAGCGCUUCUUUAUCGUAUUUUAGCUGGACGCCCAUGGAGGAACUAAGGGUCCGCGAGAUCAAUCUCCAACUCCGCGCAUUCGACAUCGCCUCGCAGGUACAGCUUGAGGCGAUGCCCGUUCACCUUAAAGGGCUUAGUCUGCGGAUUGACGAUUUCGAUGGUGCCGUUUGGAAACACAUGAAUGACCGUGAACGUUCUAGAACACCGGGAAUGCAGCUUUCCCUAAAAGAGUCACAGGCGGGAGUUGUAUAGCAAAACACAAUCGCCCAUCUGAAACUGCUUCGGCCUUUUGAGUCGAGGGUCGUAGAGACGCUUGGUUCGCUCCUUGUAUAGUCUGGUGUUCUCAUAUGCGUGGUAACACCACUCUUCUAACUCCACGAGCUGCAAUUUAAGUUCGGCACCUACGAGACUCACAUCAAGGUUUAGCUGCUUAAGGGCCCAGAAGGCCUUGUCCUCUAGCUUAACGGGCAGAUGGCAUGCCUUUCCAUAGACAAGCCGAUAGAGAGAAGUCACAAUAGUUACGGCUUCCUUUGAGGAAUUAAGGUCUCGAACGUAAAAUGAAGAGGAAGACCGUAACUCCAAAAAUGAUUAAGGAACUGAUGUCAACGCUUCCUAGGAGUUACGGUUGCAAAGGCUGAGUUACGGCCUUGACCAUAACUUAGAAGGUCAGCCCCUAACUCUAAGAAGCCUCCUAGAAUCUUCGCUCUCCAUUCGCCAGUUACGGCUCCUCUAGGGAACUUACGAGCCAGACCGUAACUUGCAAGGUCUGGCCGUAACUCCCAGGAUCACACUUCCCACUCGCUCCAAAAUGUCUCGAAACUUCGCUCAUUCGCGCCCAUUCACGUAUUAAGUCCCGAAACUUCAUAAAUGAACAAAACCUAGCUUAACUAGGCCAAUAGAGCGAUAAACCAAGCUCAAACGGUCGAGAAAUUACGGGAAAAACAUGUUCGAAUAUGGCAUUACCAAAUUCCCCCACACUUAACCGUUUGGUUGUCCCCAAGCAAACCUAACUCAAACCAAUGCAGUUCUCCAUUACCUUUAUAAUAACAUGCAACCCUGAUUGUUGGUAGAGGAUUUCCUAGAUCAAUUAUCAACUUACAAGGUCAACUGUUCUUGUAACACCCCACCCUAAAAUUCAUGGGUCGAACCACUAGUUCGCCCGCAUAGCAGAAAACUAACGAGGUUUACGUAUUAACUCAUCAUUCAAUACAUAUGCAUCUUUUGUUUACUAAACAUAACUCGAGGUG